AUGGCCCCAGAGAAUCACCAGCCAGAUGCUUUUACCACCGUGAAUGAUUCCAGCAUGAACUUGAUACCACAGGAUCCAGCUGGUCCCAAUAUCCCACUUCAUAACUCCACCUCCCAUAAAGCCCUAGGGCGUGGACACAAUGCAGCAAAGUUCUUUGCUACAAAACUUGCUUCCACAUUUUCAGCAACAUGGAAGAAGCAUCAAGAACGUACCACAUUCACCCACAAACAGUAUGAAGAGUUGGAGGCUCUGUUUAGCCAGACCAUGUUCCCAGAUAAAAAUCUCCAGAAGAAACUAGCUCUGAAACUCAACCUGUUGGAGUCAAGAGUGAAGGUUUGGUUCAGGAACAGGCGAUUCAAAUUGAGGAAGCAGCAGCAGCAACAGCAGCAAUCACUAAAACAACCAGAACAAUUCCUUUCAGCCAGGAAGAAUAUGCCCAUCUCACCGAGCACAUCCACCAAUCCUUAUUCUCUUUUUCCUGUGGUUUUGGAUUUCUAUAGCUCCCUCUCUCCUCAGACCUUAGGCCCUUCCAGUCAGGCCCAGGACUCUAUCUUCACUGGAAGUUCCACAAGUGAUUUUCAAAUGCAAGAUCCUCAGUUGGAGAGGCUAGUGGCCUCAGUUCCUGCUUUGUACUCUGAUGCCUAUGACAUAGCCCAAAUCAUAGAACUGUACAGUUUUCCUGAUGAGGAAGAGAUAUGCAGCUCUUCCUUCCACUGUCUAUAUCAGUAUCUCUCACCCACAAGGCCCCAGCUACAAGGACAGGGUUCCUCUCUCAGUGCUUCUGUUGGUCCAGCUGUAGAUCUAUCUCCUUGGCAAACUCAGUCCAGUAGGACAAGCCAAAACUGGUCCAGUAUGGCAAGCCAAAACUUUGCAGCCUAUAGUCGAAGAGACAGCCUGGAAUUCCAGAACACGUCCAGUAUGGUAGGCUUUCAAUUUCUCUGA